GGUGGGUGCGGUGAUCUGUCGGCUGGCUGGUGCCAAAUUCAUGCACUCUUUGUCUUUUCCCUCUUUCUUUCUUUCCUUCUUUCUUCCUUUCUCUCCAUUUUCCAGAUCUUCAAUUUUCAUCUGGUGAGCUACUAUUUCUUAAAUUUCAUCAUAUGUUGCUCCCUACAUUUUGUUAAUCAUUCCACAUUUGUUGAUUAAUUUUCAUUUGAUUGCAUAUAUUCCUUUUUCAAUUCGCAUAUUUCUCAAAUCUAUAGUUGGAAACCCUAGAUCUCGUGUUUGUGUGAAAUUACAAGGUUUCCGAGUUAAUUUUGUGAUUACUAUUGUGUUUCAGAUGCUGUGCUUGAAGUUUAUGAUAAAUGUAGCUUAAUUUCAUGUUGUAAUUAGAAAAAAUAAGGUAGUGUGAUAAAUUUGAUUUUUUUUUUUGAAAUUAGGCAUUUUCGGGUUUGUUAUUUGAGAUUUUUGAUCAAUGGUGCUACCUCCAUUGCCAAUGGAGGAUCAGACGGAUGAGGAUUUUUUUGAUAAUUUAGUGGAUGGUGAGCUUGAUGGUGGUGGAUUUGAACCUAGUUUGUUGAAUAAUGCUGGGAGUAAUGAUGAGCAAUCAUUUGCGAAUUUGAGUAUCGAUGAAGUUAGCACCGAGUUAGAUGGUGUAGAUAAUGUAGAUAGAGUUGAAGGGGAUCAUAGUGAAAAGGGUGGCAUUAGUGAUGUUGUUUCGUGUAAUGUCGAUGAUGAUAAGGUAGAAGAGAUUGGUGUUGUGGGUGGUGCUGGUGGUGGUGCUGGUGUUUCGGGGCUUGGGGAAGCUGUGGAUGGGGAGUGUGGUGAUCAUGUAGUGGAGGAGAAAAAUGAAUCUGAUUUAAAGAUUUGUGGCGAUGGUACAACUUCUAGUGUAGGUAGUACAGAAGUGCAGGGGGGUACAGAAGUGCAGGGGGGUGCAUUUAAUAGUGGUAUACAAGAGGCUCCAGAUGAGGAUUUCUUUAAUCAAAUAGGAGAUAGUUCAGCUGAUCCUUUCGGUGAAGUAGCUGAUAGUUUUAUGGGUGCAUCAGGCACUUUGGAUGGUGUUUCAUCUAAUCAAGCUACCUGUUCAAGUUCAUAUAAUUUUGGGAAAGAUGGAGAAGAUAUUCAGCAUGCUUCAUCUAUGGAAUAUAGUAGUGAGAUGCAAGACCAAAGUAGUGUUCAAUACUGGGAGAACCUAUAUCCAGGUUGGAAAUAUGACCCAAAUACUGGGCAGUGGUAUCAGGUGGACGGUACUGGUGCGAUUGUAAAUAACAUUGACGAAAGUAAUGGCAUAGUUCAGUCAACAGGCGAUGGAGCUGAUGCCAAUGCGACAUCCAAUCUUUAUCAUCUCCAGCACACAGCUCAAUCCGUGAGUGGAAGUAUGACCGAGGAAAGUUCAGCAGGUUCCUUAGCUUAUUGGAAUCAGGCCACGUACGGGAACACUGAGUAUCCUGCAAACAUGGUGUUUGAUCCACAGUAUCCUGGUUGGUACUAUGACACAAUUGCACUAGAAUGGAGAUCAUUAGACUCCUAUAAUUCAUCGAUCCACCAGUCAUCUAGCUUCAACCAAAACCAACAAUCAGUCUAUGGGAGUGCUAGUGCUGUUAAUUACUACCCUGAACAAAAUUUGAUCUAUGGUCAAGGUGGACAAGUUAAUAAUUAUUCUGCCCAAUUAGACCAGCCGGUGAAUUGGAGAGAUCCUGGCAGAGUUGCUUCAAAUAUGGCACAACAUGGUACGAACAAGGCUUUUAGUUCAGCUGAAAAUACACAGUAUGGUAGUGGACCUAUAUUGAGUGGUGCUGUUAGUUACCCUUCGGAACAUGGAACCGGUGCUGCAUCAUAUGAUAAAUCGUUCUCAUAUGAACAACCAAGACAUGGUUUUGAUAGCAGUAACGGAUGCAACAGAUUUCAAGACUUUGGUGCUGGUGACACUGGCUUUCAAAACUUUGCUUCUGCUGAAAUUCCUCUGCAGCAUAACAAUCAGCAUAACAAAUUUGACCAGCAGUUCUCUGCUGCUGGCUUUAAUGGUCCAAAAAUUCACAAUUUUACUCCGGAACCUCAUCAAAAUAGCAGAGAAUUCUAUUCAUUGGGUGGAGGGAGAUCAUCAGAUGGACGACCUUCACAUGCUCUCGUCUCUUUUGGAUUUGGUGGAAAGCUCAUAGUAAUGAAGGAUCAUAGUAGUUUACUCACUCAACCUGCAUAUGCAAGCCAGGAUUCAGCAGGAGGUGUGAUCAGUAUUCAUAAUGUGAUGGAAGUUGCCAUGCUGAAGAAUGAUAGUUCAGAUGUAGGAUUUGGUGAUUGUGAAUAUAUUCGUACUCUAUGUCAGCAAUCAUUUUCAGGCCCGCUGGUUUCAGGCAAUGUGGGAAGCAAAGAGUUGAACAAAUGGAUUGAUGACAGCAUUGCGAAUUGUGACAGUCAAGAUGCAGACUACAGGGAGGGCGAAGCCUUAAAAAUGCUUCUCUCUCUGUUGAAAAUAGCAUGCCAAUAUUAUGGAAAGUUACGAUCUGCUUUUGGGGCAGAUCCUGGUGCAAAGGAACAUGACAGCCCAGAGUCAGCAUUGGCAAAGCUCUUUUCAUCUGCAAAAGGGAGUGCUACACAAUUCAAUGCCGCCUCCCAUUGCUUGCAGAACAUGCCGUCGGAGGGACAAAUACAGGCAACGGCUGAAGAGGUUCAAACGCUUCUUGGUACUGGUAGAAGGAUGGAGGCUCUUCAAUGUGCACAAAAGGGUCAUUUAUGGGGACCAGCUAUUGUUAUUGCCAGUUUGCUUGGUGAACAGUUUUAUGGUGAAACUGUGAAGCAAAUGGCUCUUCAUCAGCUGGCUGCCGGAUCUCCUCUGAGGACUUUGUGUCUUUUAAUUGCUGGACAGCCUGCUGAAGUAUUUUCCAAUUCCAUCUCAAGUAACUCACAAAAUGGAGAAAAUGAUUCACAGUCUUCUUGGGUUGGGCCUGGUUUUAUGUUAGAUGAAUGGGAAGAGAAUCUGGCUAUAAUAAGUGCUAACAGGACGAAAGGUGAUGAGCUUGUAAUUACUCACCUUGGAGAUUGCCUCUGGAGGGAGAGGGGUGAGGUUAUGGCAGCUCAUAUCUGUUACUUGGUUUCUGAAGCUAACAUUGAGUCGUAUUCAGAGAGCUCAAGACUUUGUCUUGCCGGUUCAGAUCAUCUGAAAUAUCCAAGAACUUAUGCCAGUCCUCAGGCGAUUCAGAGAACAGAAUUAUAUGAAUAUGCAAAGCUGCUUGGAAAUUCCCAAUUUGUAUUGCUGCCAUUCCAGCCAUACAAGCUUAUAUAUGCUUGCAUGUUGGCCGAAGUUGGCAAGCUAUCAGAUUCUCUGAAAUACUGUCAAGCAGUUUCGAAGUCUUUGAAAACUGGUAGAUCACCAGAAGUUGAUGCAUGGCGGCAUAUGGUAUCUUCUCUUGAAGAGCGCAUAAAAAUCCAUCAGCAGGGUGGAUAUGCGACCAAUUUUGGUCGAGCAAAACUGGUGGGUAAAUUGCUCAACUUCUUUGAUAAUACUGCUCAUCGCGUUGUUGGCGGCUUGCCGCCACCUACACCUUCAACAUCACACAAUGAUGGCCAACACAGUGAGCAUGAUCAUCAGUCAAGGGGGCCACGGGUGUCUACUAGUCAGUCCACUAUGGCCAUGUCGUCAUUAAUGAGAUCUGCAUCUGCUGAAGACAGCAAUCACAAAUCAAUGCACAAUCGAAGCAUGUCAGAGCCUGACUUCGGUAGAACGCCCAGAAAGGAUGUAUCACCAAAAUCAAGUUCAUCGAGUCCACGUGAUAAUUCAUCGCUCUCAGGUAGUUCCUCACGUUUUGGUCGAAUUGGCUCACAAAUCUUCCAAAAGACUGUUGGCUUGGUGCUAAGAUCUCGCCCAGAUUGUCAGGCCAAGCUGGGAGAGAAGAACAAGUUUUAUUAUGAUGAAAAUCUAAAGCGUUGGGUUGAAGAAGGUAUUGAGCCUCAAGCUCAGCAAAUGACCUUGGCUCCACCUCCAACAACUACAGCUUUCAUGAAUGGAACUCUAGAUCAUAACAAAGAAGAUGAAUCUGUUAAUGCUAUGAUUCAUGCAAAUGGGGAACCUCAGUACAAACACACAAAUUUUAAUGGAAAGGGUGCUGAAUUACCACCCAUUCCAUCUGGUUCAAACCAUUUUUCAGCUCGUGGCCGAAUGGGUGUUCGUGCGAGGUAUGUGGAUACAUUCAACAAGGGUGGAGGAACUCCAGCAAACUCAUUCCAAUCACCAUCGCCUUCAGUCCCAACUAUGAGAGCUGCCAGUAAUACCAAGUUUUUUGUCCCAACCCCAGUUACUGGAGGAUUAGAAACUCAGAGUACCCAAAACACACAACAAACUGUUGGUGUGGAUCAAGAUACUAUGUCUAAUGGCCACCAUUCAUUUUCACCUCCUCAAAUGCUUACACCACUCUCUACAAUCCACCGACAUCCAAGCAUGGACAAAGGGAUGGGAAGUAUGGUAAUUGGCAAUGGCCCAUUACCUCCAAAUUCAAGGCGAACACUAUCGUGGGGCGGAAGUCUUGAUAUUUCAAAUCACUCUAGCAUGAGUGAACCAAGACCUCCCGGGGAGGCACCAGGUUUUCCCGUAUCUACUUAAUGUGCACCAUUUACUAGAUCCACCGCUGGCAGAACCUUCAAGAGCUUGAAAAUGAUGGGAGUCCAAAUCCUGUCAAUUUCAAAUGUAAAAUAUGGCGGUUAUACCCUUUCUUGAACUUGGUGAAUGUGGCGAGCAAGAUGGUAUGAACCAGAUUCAGGUUGGAGGGACAGUGAUAUAACUAACUUCAGAGAAGUUAUGGGUUUUAGAAACAGGUCAUUCAGAUCUUGUAGUUUUUUACAGCCUUUCAAGAUCUUUGGAGUUCGGGAGGAAAGGGUAUUUUGGCGUCGUUGUACAGAUGAAUUUGUUGAUUUAUUAGGAAAAGAUUUCCUUGAGAAAGAUGGGUGAGAAGUUCUAAUUAAAGCCUCUCUCUGAUGCAUUCGCGGGGAAAAUUUCCACUGAUCGAGAAAUUGCAUACUCCAUAAAGAUAUCGUUGUUAGUAUCUUACGGGUAUUCCCAUUUUGUUACAUCAUACGCAUACUAGUACUGAAAUGACAUCUCCUUGCUGAACAGUUCUCAGAAGAGUAUUUGUAACAAGGUUUUGUUUUGUAUAAUUCAGGAAUGUUGUAACUUUGAGGUAAUGAUAAAUUGUAUACUUUACAUUCAUUUUUAGUCCCUCAUCUCUCUCUCUUGCUUGAGAAGUCUUGAAGUAUCCAGAUGUAAAUAGCUCGUUAAAGUGAAAUUUGGACAUGAAAUUUAAUGUUUGUACUAAUUAUAUUGAAGUUUAUUUUGAUA